GCUGAUGCUGACGCUGAUGCUGAUGAUGGAGACAGAGACGGCGCUGACGCUGGAUUCUGCUGCUACUGCUGUUGUGGUGACAGUGGCUGCAGCUUUGACUCUGCACUGGCUCUACAGGCUGCUCUUCUGCCCCCUGCUGCUGCUCAGGAGAAUGCAGGAUGUGGGUUACGUGGCCGCAGACCAUCGAUCCAGAGCCCAGGUGGCUAAUGAGGUUCGGCGCCGCAGGAAGAUCGGAGACCUGCCACCGGUGUAUCCCAACGGCUGGUACCGAGUGCUGGAUUCAUCCAGGCUGGAGAGAGGAGAAGUUCAGAACGUCACUGCGCUGGGUGAGGAGUUGGCAGUGUUUCGUGGAGAGGAUGGAAAAGCACACGUGUUGGACGCCUACUGCCCCCACCUGGGGGCCAACUUGGCUGUGGGUGGGAAGGUGGUGGGCAACUGCAUCGAGUGCCCGUUUCAUGGCUGGCAGUUUCGUGGACAAGACGGAAAGUGUGUGAGGAUUCCCUACGCAGAGAAAGUGCCCUAUUUUGCCAAGGUUCGUUCGUGGCCCAGCUGUGAGGUCAACAACCAGGUCCUGGUGUGGUACCACUGUGAUGGAGCCGAGCCUCAGUGGAGUGUCCCUGAGCAGACGGAGGUGACUACCAGGGAGUGGGUCUACAGAGGGAGGACUGAACACUUGAUCAAUGCUCACAUACAGGAAAUUCCUGAAAACAUCGGAGACUUUGCUCACCUUAACUUCCUGCACACUCCAGGAAUCUUCAGUGGUGCAGACCUGCGAUACACCGACAACAAAGUCGUCACAUUUUUGCAACACAGCUGGAAAGGUGAAUGGAAACCAGAGUCAGAGCCAAACAGUCACUGCUCUCAAAUGUUUCUGACUCACUGCCUGACUGUGUUUGGGCUGCGCCUUCCUCUGCUGGACAUUUAUGUGGAGGUUCGACAGGUUGGUCCUGGACUGGUGUCCAUGAUGUUCCACCACCGUUUCCUGGGCCGAGGUCUGAUUCUCCAGAGUGUGACCCCAGUGGAGCCGUUGCUCCAGUGUGUUACCCACACCAUCUAUUACCAGUCCAACAUCCCAGCUGUGGUCCCAAAAUUCAUCCUCAGAGCAGAGUGUGUUCAGUUUGAACGUGAUGUCAUGAUUUGGAACAACAAGAAGUACAUCUCCAAACCUCUGCUCACCAAAGAAGACUCCACCAUCCUGAAGCACCGACGCUGGUUCAGUCAGUUCUACAGUGAAAACAGUCCCAGGCUGCAGUACCAGAACAACAACUUGGACUUCUGAGCUCCAGAUCACAGGGAAGACAUUUUUAAAAAAAUACUAAAAGAUUUAUUUCUUUAUGUAUUUAAAUUUAAGUGAAUUGAU